AUGGCUAAAUCCCGUAAAGGAAUCAAAUUUAACCGCCGCAACAGCCAGAAUUGGGGCGUAGAAGGCCGGAGGAGUAGCUUUUCGGAUAUCAGCGAGGUAGCUUCAGAAAACAUCGUGAAUGAAGAAGAAGAAAAAAAAAAACAUGAAAACCGCGCCGAUGUAAGAGCGCAGAUAACACCGAAAUCUGAUUAUGAGAAGAAAAAGGCAACUUUCAUCACACGUUCGAUCUGGACAUUUGUUAUGGUCGGCUUGUUCUGUGGUGCUAUGUUUAUGGGACACAUAUAUAUAAUUGCAAUCGUUACUGCAGUACAGAUUGUGUCAUUCAAAGAGGUAAUCGCCAUAGCCAAUGUCCCAAGUCGAGCAAGAAGACUUCGAUUCACAAAAGCCCUUAAUUGGUACUGGCUUGCCACUACAAUGUACUUCUUGUAUGGUGAAAGCGUUAUUUAUUAUUUCAAGCACAUUGUGCUAGUGGAUAAAGUUUUGUUACCAUUUGCAACUCAUCAUAGAUUCAUAAGCUUUAUGCUUUAUGUUAUUGGUUUCGUCUUUUUCGUUGCUUCGUUACAAGUUGGAAAUUAUCGAUUCCAAUUUACUCAAUUUGCAUGGACACACAUGGCUCUGUACCUUAUCGUCGUCCAAGCCCAUUUUAUCAUGAACAAUGUGCUCGAGGGUAUGAUAUGGUUCUUUUUACCUGUCUCGCUUGUCAUUUGGAAUGAUACGUUCGCAUAUAUUUGCGGCAUAACUUUCGGCCGAACACAGCUCAUUAAGUUGUCGCCAAAGAAAACAGUAGAGGGCUUUGUCGGGGCAUGGAUCUUGACUAUCAUCUUUGGGGUAGGAAUGACCAACAUACUUAUGAGAUACAGGUAUUUUGUCUGUCCAGUAAAUGACCUCGGCGCAAACAUUUGGACCGGCCUACAGUGUGCCGUUAAUCCUGUCUUCUUACCACGUACAUAUCAUCUUCCCACAUGGUUUCCGUAUACAAAGUCAUUCCAGAUGGCCCCUAUGCAGUUUCACAUACUCGUCUUCGGAACCUUUGCCUCUCUUAUUGCACCAUUUGGUGGUUUUUUUGCUUCCGGAUUAAAGCGGACAUUCAAGAUCAAGGAUUUCGGAGAUUCUAUUCCUGGACAUGGAGGAAUUACUGAUCGCAUGGAUUGUCAAUUUAUAAUGGGCUUUUUUGCAUACAUGUACUACCAUAGCUUCAUUGCAAUCUACAAAGUAUCUCUUGGAGGUGUAAUAGAGACUGCCAUUACCGGGUUAACCCUGGAGGAACAAAUAGAACUUGUCAAGGGAAUCAGUAAACACCUUUUCAAUCAAGGUGUUGUUGCUGAACAAACCCUGGAAUGUCUUAAUGCGGCACUCGGAAGAUAA